GGCCAGAGACGGUGAGUGGUGACAUAGGAAAUGAAGAGAGAAGGAAGGAUAGAUAAAGAAAGCCAGAGCCGUCUGGAAGAGUCCAAGUGCGAACCUCAUUUAACUCAAUGUUCACGCGCAUCUUUCCACUUCUUUGACGUUUUUACAACACUGCCCUUCAAAUCCUUGCAUUAUGGAUUAGGUUUUCAGCACUAGUGACUGUUCAGUUUUCACGCGCCUCUUUCCACUUCUUUGACGUUUCCGAGCGCCCCCCCUCAGUACUAGUAGUAGAGUCCACACUCCACAGGUUUCCGGCGCUCUUGUCGAAUUUCACUUUCCGUUCAUCGUCGCUUCAAAGAAUCGAAAAUAUCAAAGUCAUUGCAAUUAUUCUUGAUUUUUUCUUCCACUUCGGUUCUCUGUAAUUUCUUCAGGGAGCAUUUGAAGUCCUUAUAUCGUCAAAGAAGUUGUUGCCAGGGGCCUACUUUAACCCAGAUUUUAGCAACAGUGGUACGGCUUGCUGAAGGGGACCUGCUGUAACUCAGAUUUCAGCAACGGCGGUAGGGCUUGCUGAGGGGUAGUGCUUGAUUAUUGUGCCAUGUUACAACACGUGUAGCAAAGAAACCACUAUACAAGUUUUUCAAUAGCUGAGAAUUUUAUGAACAUAAGCAUAAAAAAGGAAACAUAAACGUUACCAAGCGACCCCUCAGUGAUUGGCAGCAGCGAAAUGUUGCUACUUCUGGCUCCCACCUCCCUCUUCUUUUUGGUUUUAGUCCGCAAUCUGCAGUGCAGUAAUGAGCUCCGAGAGAAACCCCAGGAUAAGUCAAACAUUUGGAGGAGAGUUAGAGUUUCUUAAAACCACGGCUGCCUUCAAUAUCCGGUUCAAACAUUAUUAGACUUCUAAACCCGAGUGUUGCUCACUGGACCGAAGCGGCCUGACUUAUAAGUCAUAACAUGCUCCCUCAGCAGUCAGCACUCACACUAUAAAGUUUAGGGCUUGGUUUAUCACAGCAGAAGCAGGCAGAUUCCUUGCUCUAGUUUUCGUUCAAUCAUCUUUCAAGAAUCGUCGUUUUAACAGGGCCCUAAUCAUGAGGAGGUAUAGUCCACCAUAUUACAGUCCUCCAAGGAGAGGAUAUGGAGGUCGACCUAGAAGCCCUCUAAGAAGGGGCUAUGGUGGAGAGCGUGGUAGGCGUAAAGAGCAAAAUCAUGGAAGUCUUUUGGUUCGAAACAUUCCUUUGGAUUGCAGGCCAGAAGAACUUCGAGUUCCCUUUGAAAGAUUUGGAUUAGUCAGGGAUGUCUACCUUCCAAAGGACUAUUAUACAGGGGAACCUCGUGGCUUUGCUUUUGUGCAGUUCGUUGAUCCCUAUGAAGCUGCAGAGGCUCAAUAUCAAAUGAAUGGACAGAUUUUUGCUGGUAGGGAGAUAUCUGUAGUUGUUGCUGCUGAGACUAGAAAAAGGCCUGAAGAGAUGCGCAGAAAAGCUAGGACUGGUGGACCUGUAGGCUAUGGGGUACGACGGUCAUCUUACUAUGGUAAGUUGUGGAUCAACAUUGACGUAUUUCUCUUCUACUAACAAGAUUUUCUCCCUUUGAUUAUAUAUCUG